GACAACGCUGUUCCUGUAUUCGAAACUGCCAACUACAAGAGCUGUCUCCAGUUGUCUUAUUAACAAUAAUAGUUGUAUCUUUUUGCGCAUAAUGGCGGAUCGAAAGCCGUGUAAGGUGUGCAGCUUUACACGCCAGAAGUCAUAUGGCUUGGUUGUUCCUUCGCUUGAGGAGUUGAAGGUAAAAGGAAGUGAGUUUCUUGGUUUCACACCACAUGACCCAGUCACAGUGGUCUUAGAAGACGAUGGGACAAUCGUCGAGGACGAGGCCUACUUUUGGUGUUUACCCUUAAACACAAAGUUCAUGCUGCUGCAUGACAAGGAGACAUGGUCACCGCUUCGCAGGGUUGAUGGUGGCACAGCGUGGAUGGCGAGGGAUUCCAUGAUACUUGAGAGCGACGUUCUGGACACAGCCCGUGUUGCUGCACCAUGGUGGGGCUUGGCUUUGCAGCUGAAACAGGACCUGGCCAGCGUCAUUCUCAUGUCUGAGGAAGACUUACAGAGCUUGGUGGAUGUCCCCUGCCCUGAGCUAGCUUCUGCUCUCGGCUUCCAAGAAAAGAAGACUGAGAACCUUCAGGAAACACUGCAGAGGGUUUUGGACCGUCGUGAGGAGGAGAGGCAAUCGAAAGAGUUGCUCCAACUCUUCCUCAAAGCAGUAGAGAAAGAAGACGGACAGCCGCAGCAGGAGACCAGGCGACCCAGUGAGGGAGGUUUGGAUGCGCCUGAUGGGAUGGAGGUGGAUCAAGCAUCUGGAUUCAUUUCCAGGACUUUGAUGGUCCUGAAAGGCAAGACAAGCCCAGAGACCAGACUCUCCACUGAAGAUCUCCAGAUGGUGGUGGCAAAAGGGCUGGAAGCUAUGCAGCAGGUGCUACGCUGGGACAAAGUCAGGACGUCGACGCUGCUUCAAGACUGCGAGUCCGAGCUAAAGCGACGUCUUCAACAGGUUCAGGCCGCACAGUCGAUGAGGGGCAACGCGCCACAGGGGGACAGCAGCCAGCCGCCUAAUGAAAAGAACAGCGAGGAGAGCGAAGGAACACCACCUCAAAGGGGGAAUUAGUCUGGUACCUUACCUGAGCACAGACUCAUAAGAGACUACGGUGACCGCCUCAGGGCCAGCAAAAUGAUUUCAUACUGGGUUACAGAUACUAUUCCUUACUGCUGGAUCUCAUAUAAAUGUAAGCAAAGUUGAUGUUUGUAGCAUUUGGCACGACUUUCAUCCAUCCAUCCAUCCAUUUUCUGAGUCGCUUCUCCUCACUGGGGUCGUGGGCGUGCUGGAGCCUAUCCCAGCUAUCAUCGGGCAGGAGGCGGGGUACACCCUGAACUGGUUGCCAGCCAAUCGCAGGGUACAUACAAACAAACAACCAUUCGCACUCACAGUCACACCUACGGGCAAUUGAGUGUCUCCAAUUAAUGCAUGUUUUUGGGAUGUGGGAGGAAACCGGAGUGCCCGGAGAAAACCCAUGCAGGCACAGGGAGAACAUGCAAACUCCACACAGGCGGGGCUGGGGAUUGAACCCGGAUCCUCAGAACUGUGAGGCUGACGCUCUAACCAGUCGUCCGCCGCACGACUUUCAAACCACUUUUAACCACUUUAGUAACAUACAUAUUUUUGGAUUGUGGGUGGAAGAUGUCGUACCAAGAGGAAAACCCACGCACGCACUGGGAGAACAUACAAACACCAUACAGGAGGGCCUGAGCCAAGAUUCAAACAUAGAACUUUGACUUUGAGGCAGACAUGUAACACUGUACUGGGCGAUUCCGAUCAACUUCAAUGUAGCAAUUUGUGGUUUUGUAGUAAUCAGAGCUUGGGCAGGUGUGGUGACUCCUGUGUCGCUGGUUUUAUUUCCAAGUAAUGACUUUUUCUUGUCACUCAAAUUUCACAUGGGUUUCUGUGCUGGCUGUGAGCAACAGUAUUUCUAAAAUAUAUAGUAUGCAAAUAGUGACUAUAUAUUUGUAUAAAGCCAUGACCUUGCUUGAGAUGGCGUUAUAAUCGAGUGCACUGACUAAUUUAUCAUUUUCCUAAUAAAGAGUUAGACAAGA